AACGGUGUAGCGGAUGUUGAGGAAAUCCUUCACGAUGGUGGAAGAAAAAUGUUUAUGGGUCUAAAUGGUUAGAGAGGAACGGUACAUGUUUAUUAACAGUUAUUACUUGUUUGUUUAGAGUAUUAUAUUCAUGUGUUAUUGGCGUUUUGCAGGAGUUUCCAAUGCAAGCACGGAUCCUUCUCCAAGCGUGUAUUUAUCUUGAGGCGAAUUUGCCAUCGAUGUUGUGAGCUGACAUUUAUCAGAUAUUUACACACAAUAUUUGUCCAUAUAAACCUGGAAGGGCCGUACAGAAUGAUUUGAGAUCAGUUGAGCUGCGUUAGAGAAAGUGAUGCAAAAGCGGCUCGUCAGCGAUUCUUGCAUCUGAUUCACUCUCUUAUGAACACAUCUGAUCUGUGGCGAUGUCUCUAGUAGCGUACGACAGCAGCGACGACAGUGAUCGCGAUGACUCGACGGCUUCAUCCGCUCGACCUGCGGGCAAGAUCGGCGGACUUUUUGCUUCUCUGCCCGCUCCGAAAAAGACAGAACGGGCAUCAGCUCCUCAACCUAAGAGGAUGACUCUGGAUCUGCCGAAACCCAAGAAACGCACAGAACCUGUUAAAAUCACCGUUCCUGAUAUAAAACCAGCAGAUUCUGACUCUGAUGAUGACGAGCCAGUACGAAAGAAGUCAGCUCCUCAGGGAGGUGGUGGUCUGUCCUCUCUGCUGCCCCAGCCUAAGAAUCUGGUGGUGAAGGAAAUGCAGCGGCCCCUGGUGCCGCACACCCUAACCAAACGCCCUGGAUCGGAUAAGCCUAAGGCAAGCGCAGCAAAGUCCCAAGGUCUUUCUGGAACCAGCCCGUCCCCGUCCGCCAUCAAAGCGGCUGCAAAGUCAGCGGCGAUGCAGUUAGCCCGACAAAUGGCUGCGGAUGAAGAGGGAAGUGACGAUGAAGUCGCUCCGGAAAACUACUUUUCCUUACCAGAAAGUUCAUCAGAGCCUGUGUUGUCUCAAAACCUGGAUUCUCAGCAGUACGUUCCUUCUCUACACCCUCCACCCACUGUGGAGGAUGCCCCAUUGGACUUUGGUUCUAAUGCGGACAGUUACAGUAGGUCAGUCGGAGCCAUGCAAGACUUUCAGAAGGAAGAAUACCCACCUCAGUAUCCUGAGAAUCCACUGCCAGAGAAUUCUCCACAGGAUUACUAUGGGGAGGGAUAUUACCAAGACCCAAACCCUGCAGCUGAUGAGCAAGAUGAUUCAGGGUCCUCUUCAAUGUUCAACGAUGAAGCAUUUCGGCGGCUGCAGGGCAAACAGAAUCGCGGAAGAGAAGAAAUCAAGUUCCUAGAAAUAAAAGGAGAUGAUCAGCUGAGCGGCAAUAAACAAUGGAUGACCAAGAACAUGACAGCAGAGGAAGCGCCCCGCAAGUCCUUCAGCAAGAAAAAAGGAGAUCAGCCAACGGGGCAACAGAGACGCAAGCACCAAAUCACGUAUCUGAUUCAUCAGGCCAAGGAACGCGAGCUGGAACUUAAGAACAACUGGGCCGACAACAAAAUGACUCGGCGACAAACGCAAGCCAAGUACGGAUUCUAAUGGACUGGAUAUCAAGAUGUUGCGCAUACCUCUACCUAAUGUGGAGCAGAUUUUGUUGGCCUAUACAGAAAUCUUUUUGCCAGCUUUUAGAGCUGUAAUGCCAGUUCGUACAGUUUCAAAAAGGAGCGAAGGACUGCAAAGCUCUAUUGGCUGCUAUUACAUUGGUUAAGAUGGCUCCAAAAUGUCUACCUAACACUGUCUUUCCAUUUGAACAUUAGUUUUGUUAUGAGGUUUUAGUUCUGUCAAAAAUCACUUGUAACAUAACAGUAGCUGUGUAGGUUCACAUGGAUUAUUAUUAAAUGAUUGGGAUGUUAUGACUUGUUUGUCCAAUAGGGUCUCGUCUUCCACACUGCCAUAGUGAGCAGUGGCAUAUAUAAACCAUUAUGAGACACUGAAAAAAAAAAAAAGUAACACUUUACAAUAAGGUUCUGUAUGUUAACAUUAGUUAAUGCGUUAUAUGUUACGAUUUUUUUAUAGCAUUUAAUACGUUUGGUCGAUGUUAAUUUAUAAAUAUGCUAUUGUUUAUUGUUAGUUCAUGAUGUAUUAACUAAUGUUAAUGUAUAAAAAUGAAUGUGUUGUGUAGAAAUGAAUUCAUGUUUAUGUAUAGAAUCGUAUUGUAAAGUGUUACGAAAAACCUUGUAAAUCUUAAAAAGUGUUUGAGUGAAUCUUCCCAAUCCUGGUUUGAUUCUUUUAACUGCUUGUUUUCAUUUGAAUGUAGAUUGUUAAUGGAAGACCCUUAUGUAGAACCAUGAGUAAAGUGUAAGAGUUUUAUUACACCUAUAGAAAAUGUACCAAAAUGUUUCAUUUUGUGUGUAAAAACAUUUUUAUGUGUGAAAUAGUUCCUAUAUCACUGCCAGAAAUAAAAAUACAUAAACCUAAGCAAAAUAGGGUUGGUUCACAAUCAAAAUAUAAUUUGACAUUUACAAGAUUUUUUACAUAGACUUGAAUUAGAUUAAAACAAUGUAAAAAUAUGGGGGAAAGAUUUUUUUAAUUUAUGCUAAAUGUGUAAAUAUAUGUCUCAAAAAGUAGGAAUGGGUUCACGCCACAAACAUUAAAUUGAGCAAUGAUUUAAUGUUAA